UCGAAGAGAGAUCGAGGAUUUUCGAACUAUCGUUUAAAGAACGUUUUCGCAGUUAAUAAAAUGUCGCGAGAAUGUUUACAUAAAUAACAAUUUGAAAAAAGGAUAUCGAGCCCAUAUCUGUGGUAUCGUAUUUUUAUCACCAGCAAAGUUGUCAGGAUGGAAGCCUCAGAUUGCCCAAUAACCAAUGGGGAUCCUAAAAGUGAACUGAUAAUCAUUGAGAGUAAAACUUUGUUAGUGGAACAGGAGGAAAUUCUGUCCAGUGAACUAACCAGCUCUGACUGUGACACGCCCCCGUCAGAACUGAACAACACCCUCACCAGUUUGACCCCUGACCCAGACCUAAGCAAUACUGACCUUGAUUAUAGAGCAGGGGUCAAGGACAGUGAGGAUCCUUCAUGCAGCUCCUGCCUUGAGUCCAGUAGUUGUUUCACUGAUGAAAGCAUCGACGAAGCCUCUCCUCAAAAACGCAGCAAAAAAUUCUCAGGGUUUUCUUCACAACACUGGCACAUGAGCCGAUGCUUUGACAGGUAUUGGAAGCAUUACUACCAGAGUAUGGCUUGGUGCCAAAGACACUUCUACAUAAUGAGGUCCAUGUCAAACUUUAUGAACUUCACAGGUCACUUUCAAAGUAUGAACUCUUCAAGAUGUACAACACCUAGUGUGGGACGAGGGCAGCAAUUCAGAUUCAGUCCAAGUCAGGGCAGAGGAAGGGGGAGGUCUAGAGGAGGAGUGAGGAGGGGGGCGUGUCAGAAGAAUCCUGGAGCUGGAAGACAAAAAGGUCAAAGUCGGGCCAGCAGAGUGGUAGAUCCGGAUUCUUAUGGAGGGGCAGAUUCGGAUGACAGCGAGGUGUAUGAGAUGGAACUGACUGAGGAAAUGGUUCAGUUCUUUGCUCACUCAGAGGAACAUCGAAAACAAAGAGAUGCAUCUAAAGAAAUCAUUGGUGAAGAUGGAAGAGUGCAGAAAAGGAUUCAGAUUGAGGAAGCAAAGGCCAAUAAGAAAGCCCCAACUGUAGAGGCACCCUCAGAGAGACCUGGGGUCAGACGCACUGCAGAGAUGACAAAGCUGUACGGGAAAGGGGCUGCAAUGAUUCAUGGGAUGGAAACGGCAGUUCAGAUGUCAUAUGACCGCACAAUGGACAUACGUCAACCAAAAUUCUGGCCAAAUAUGCCCCUUAAAAUUAUGUUUUCCUAAUUAUUAUUUCUAGUAAAAACAUAUAGGAAUACUUAA